CAGCCCCCCUCCAGCUGAGUCACAGCUCUCCUUCCUUCCACGGCAUUGCAGCACUCAGGCAGCACAAGGCAGCCCUCGCCUCCUUCUCUUCGUCCUUCUCCUGCUCCUCUGCCUUCUGCAGCCGUCCUUCCACCGCCCAUCUCAACAUCCUCACCAUGGCCAGCACCGUCUCAGCUUACAAAGAGAAAAUGAAGGAACUGUCUCUGCUUUCGCUGAUCUGUUCCUGUUUCCACACCCAGCCCCAUCCAAAUACCAUCUACCAGUACGGAGAUAUGGAGGUCAAGCAGUUGGACAAGAGGGCUUCUGGUCAAAGCUUUGAAGUGAUUCUGAAGUCCCCUUCGGACCUGUCCCCCGAUAGCCCCGUCCUCUCCUCUCCUCCCAAGAAGAGGGAUCUGUCCUUGGAGGAGCUGCAGAAGCGACUGGAAGCUGCUGAAGAGAGAAGGAAGAGCCAGGAAGCUCAAGUCCUGAAGCAGCUGGCAGAGAAGCGGGAGCACGAGAGGGAAGUGUUACACAAGGCCCUGGAAGAGAACAACAACUUCAGCCGGCUGGCUGAGGAGAAACUCAACUACAAGAUGGAGCUCAGCAAGGAGAUCCGCGAAGCUCACCUAGCCGCCUUGAGGGAGCGACUCCGCGAAAAGGAACUGCACGCAGCUGAAGUGCGCCGAAACAAGGAACAACGGGAAGAGAUUUCUGGAUAAGUGGCUUUUCUACACAGCUAGCACCUGCUUCCUAAUAACUAACCAACCGAUCCCAACUUCUUCUCUCUUUUUUUUUGUCUAGACAGGGCAACAUCCAGUUUCUCCAUUUCUUUUUGUCUCCCCUUUUCCCUGCCCUCCGGCGUACGAGCUCCAUGUCUUUCUCCUCUCUGUAUCUUUUCACAUGGAGGUUCAUAGAGACCUCCCAGCCUUGACUAUAGCAUCCAUCCAUCAGCUUUUUUUUUCCUUUGGGCUGUUCGGAACAAAAACCGCAAAAUCAUUUUAACGCACAAGAACGAAGGGAACCCUUGCAAGGUGCUUGGCCGCGUUGCGGAAAGGCUGCUCUCUAUGAACCCCCAUCGGUCUGAUUAUUCGACCCCCCCCCUCCUCAGCCAAGCAGAGUGGUAAAAGAGGACUCUUCCCCUGUCAAGGCCUAUCUCGCAAACCCCAUCUUGAGUUAAGUGCACGCUGCAAACGGAAAAGCAACUUUCAAUUUGCAAACAGGGGGAAUGGGACGCACACACAUCCAAGCCACAAGUGCAGUGGUUUCUUCCUUCUUCUUGCCAGUUUGCCUGGAAGAGAGGGGAAAAAAAUUAAAAAAAUCUUACGAGGCCUCUGCUUUCUCGGUGAGGAAAGUUAAGACUGAAUAGUUGACAGUUUUGAUUAAGAGACACCUUUUUGCUUUCUUGAUUGGUUUACAGGAAAGGAGAGAUUCAUUUCAGAGGCUUGAGUUUGAAGAGGAUAUUAAGAAAAACCCAAAAGAGCAGGCAUGAUCUGUUGCCCUUGUUGUUGUUGUUGUUAGUUGCAAAGUCGUGUCCGACCCAUCGCGACCCCAUGGACCACGUUCCUCCAGGCCUUCCUGUCCUCUGCCAUCUUCUGGAGUCCAUUGAAGCUCAUGCCUACUGC